AUUUGAAUUUGGGCGCUGGGGCCAAAUUACUUGCUUGGAUUGCUUAUUCGUGUUGUGAAUUUUUCUUUUUUGUGUUGAAAAAUCUUUUUUUUUUUUUCUUGUUUGGGUGUUGAUGCAUUAAUCUAUAAAUAAAUGCCGGGGUUUUCAAAUCCUAGAUUGUGCAUUUUGUGAGAGUUUUAUGUGAUUCUACAACCUGGGUUUUAUUUCACUUUUGUUGCCUAUCAUAAUUUAGAAGCCCUAGUUAAAAUUUUCCCUUUUUUCAGUAUAAUUUUCCUUAGCUAUCACCAAUCAUCUCAUUACAAACCCUAGAUUCACUUCCCUGAGCUUUUGAUUGUAAAUUCCAAACCGUAGAAGCUCAAAAACCAUAGGUUGUGCAUUUUGUGUGAUUUUGAAAUCUGGGUUUGUUUCCUUUGUGGCUAUAUUUGAGAAGUCCUAUUUGGAUUUCUCUUUUCUCUCUCCAUUUGGAACUUCAAUAUAUAAACCCUAGAAUCAGUUCAAAGUCAACAGGUCUCAAAGUGCUUUUGAUGGUAAAUUAGCAACCAUAAAAGCUCAAAAACUUGAUGAAUUCACGCCGCGCCAAAUCCUUUAAACUCAAUUCGUCGCGAUCGAAACCAAUUAGACUAGAUAAGGAGAAUUGUAUAUCCUUUAUGGGUUCUUCAGUUGAGAGCACACUAUACUUGUGUAUAGCCCAGGGGGGCAGAAUCAUCUUCUCCUACAACACCAAAGACCGCGAGCUUGAAACCCUCGCCGCCCUCUGCCUCGAGAACUCCCCGCAAUUCCACAAAUGGUAUUUUCACACCGUUAGCACGAGAACUUUCGGUUACUUAAUGUCUGACGGAUGCACCUACUUUGCGAUCGUCGACCCUACGUUGGGGAAGUCAGCUCUUCUCCAAUUCCUCAAGCAAAUCCGCGAAGAAUUCAGGAAUUCCCGGGCAAGUGGCGCUUUCGAUUCGUUGACGCCCAUUAUCCGGCGGUUGAUUGCCUCGAUGGAUAACAUGCCUCGAUCCGCAAUUCUUGCGGAGGAGAACUUCCACGGAGUGGGAAUAAGCGAUGCCUCGCCGUCUUCGAUGGCGCCUUUACUACCGAAGGGGGAUGGAAUCGGUGAUAGCGAAAUUGAUGAAGAUCACACCCAUAGCGGGCUUAAGAUUAGUAUGCCUAUCGAAGAGGUCGGUGCUUUGUCUUUAGAGAGGACGUCAUCGAGCUCGACGAGAGCUCGAAGGCAGUACUCGGGACGGAGUUUGUGGUGGCGCCAUGUAAGGAUUGUUGUUUUGGCCGACGUGGCUCUGUGCUUGGUGUUGUUCGGCAUUUGGUUGGGCGUGUGUAGGGGUUUCCGGUGCGUUUAGAUUAGAUCAGAAGUCUGAUUGAAUUUUUACGUUCUGUACUUUUCAAAACUGCACAGAAAAUCACCGUGUGUCUUACAGUCAAAACUGGGGAAGUUCGGUUUGAUCCUCGUAAGAAUUAUGUGGAAAAGGAAGGAUUUAAAAGUCGGUUCGACUAAAACCGAGUCCAUGAUAUUUUUUUCGUGAAAGAGUUAAGUCGUCGUUGGGUGCCACGAAGAUGCCCGCGGAACGCAGCAAGAGAAAGAACUCUUAGAAUUGACUUCAUGAAAUGGAUAUUCCACCUCAAGAUGUAAAUAGAAUCCAUGCCUUCCUUUUUAUGUGUGAAAAGAUACAUACACUUGAGUUCACUUUGUUCAUGCCUUUUUGUGUGAAAUAUAUGUGCUGGGAAUAUUUAUGUGUGUGUUACUGCUGCUCAAUUCCUCUUCUUUUCUUUUCUUUUUCUUUUCCCGCUUUUCUGUUAUCUGUAUCAUAUACAGAUGCAUCUAUGUGGUUUGGAAUAUGUUCUGUUAAUGUGGAGUUGAAUACUGUUAGUU